AUGUAUUCCAUAAUGUUUAACGAGAUCCUACCGGCUCCCCCGCCACCUCCGCCACCCCAAGAAGAGGUACAGGGGCCAAGGUUCCCUGUCUACCUGCUUCCGAGCCUUACUAUGCCGUUUCGCCGAAGACGACAAAGCUCACAUUCGAGCUAUGGGAGAUCUCCAAGUGAAACAAUACCAUCACUGAGCUCGACUCCAACGGAAUCGACAACGUCAAGCCCUGUGGAGAGUCCGACGACGCCUUCAUUUUUUCCGCCAACGAACUUGUUCAAACAAAAAGACAGCCGGAAACGAUCAUCCUUAGAACCUCUGGAGACUACAAAGCUCUCACGGACACAGCCCAACACUAUACGGUGUUCUACAUGUGCUUCCGACUUCGCCUUCGCCUCCCAAAUUGUGAGCAAGGGUUUCACGGGUCGAUACGGCCGGGCGUUUCUCGUGUCACCUCCGGACCAACCAUCUCGCAAGGGCACGAAAGGUAGAGAUCUAAUCAAUAUCAAGAUUGGCAAGUCCGAGACUCGCGUCUUAGUUACCGGAUCCCACGUAGUCGCAGAUAUCAUUUGCGCAAUAUGCCAUACCAAGGUAGGCUGGAAAUACAUAGACGCCAAGGAGGAGUCGCAGAAAUACAAGGUCGGAAAGUUCAUCUUGGAGACCCAAAGAGUCGUCGUUUACCGGAACUGGGAAGAUAUCAUGGUCGACGAGAUUCCUGAUCUUGGGGCGGAGCAGCAAGGACUGCAGACAGGAAGCGACGGUGAGCCCGUCAUAUUUGACUCGGACGACGAGGACGAAUGCGAGGAUCUAUUUUCGGGAUCUUGGGACGCUGAGGUCGUAGCGAAGAGACGAAGCCGAAAGGUUAAUCGACGACAGAAGAAGAGCACCGAAUGA